AUGGAUUUUGAAGAAGAAAUCCCGGGGCUUCCUAGAGAUGAAGGAGCAUUGUUAUUUGGCUACAAAGACUCAUGGGCCAGAGAAAUCUACGAAACCAAGUAUCAUUCCGAUGCGAUUCGUCAACUCAAACCCACUGCCGCACCAUCAAAAGUAUUGAAAGAUUGGCCUUUAUCCGGUGAAUGUGAGAGGUUCAAGAGAACUACAGAUAACUCGGGAUUAUCUAGUGCUGCCGAGAACUCAAUGUUGGACCAUGAUCGGGUCACGAUAUCGGCUUUUGUGGAGAGCUUGUAUCCCGAGAAUGAUACCUUUAAUAUGCCAUUUGGGGAGAUGACCAUUACUCCAGAUGAUGCGAAGCAGAUUCUUAAUCUCAAUGACCAUGGUGUAGCUGUCAAGUAUGAGUACACAAAGAAAUUAAGUUGGGAACACCUUUAUGAUUUGUGUAAAAAUUGUUUUGGUUGGGAUAAAGAGACAACAUACAUUGAGUUCAAUAAGUGCUUCUCUUACAAAACUAGACAGUUUAACAUGAUUCAGUUGAUCAAGAUGUUCAAAGGCACUAUCGAGAAUGAACAUCAAGGAACGUUAAGUGAUGCCGAAGUGGAUGUCGCGGCCACCGCCUAUCUCUUGGCUGUAUUAGGAUGUGUCAUAUUCCCCAAUACCAGUGGCAACCGAGUAGACGCUAAACUUUUACAACUAUUGCAUCCUCCCAAUAAGGUCGUGGAUUACUCCUGGGGCACGACAACUAUUGUAUUCUUUAUGGCAGAGUUGAGAAAAGCGUCGAGGCUUAGAACUAGCCAAAUUGCCGGGAACGUGAGUCUAUUCCAGACAUGGAUCCAUGACCACUACCCCAGUCUGAAAUUGGAAGAUGUGAACACAACGUGGGAGAGAUGUACACCGAGAGGAACAAAGUACAAGUUCACAAAGAACCGUUCAAGGGCAAAGGAGCAGCAGUUGGUUAGCUUGAGGGAGAAAUUAGACUUACUUAAGGCCUCAGAGGUAUGCUUUGAUCCAUACAAGGAAGACCGAGCUAGUGGACAUAUAGCGGGUCGUUCCGAGUUGUCAUAUUAUUUUGGACCGUUGUGGCACCCCACAUGUUAUGUGAUGUACAAUGGCUCCAGGGUGAUGCGAAAAUAUGGUUCUUUCCAAACAGUACCAUGGCAUCACAUAAAUGGCAAGUUUAAGUUGGACGUGGAGCAUAUCGAGUCUAACCAGGACAACAUCAAGGUAGUUUACUCUGGUACACCAUCUGUUACUGAACAUUGGGAUAAGAGGCAGUACCACUUGGUGAACGCUGGGAGAGCUGUCAACCGAGGUGAUGAAAAUGCUCUAUAUGGAGUGGUGAAUAAGUUCAAUUUUUUGUCCAAAUGGUGCAUUGAUUACAUAACGGAUGGACAGCUUGUGCCAAUUGAGAAGAUAAAAAAGCACAUGGAGAUGAUUGAUAAUGUUGAUAAUGAAGAGUAUGCAGCUGAGUUUGGGAGAAAGUGA